AUGUACCUGUCCAUGUACCUCCACCUGUACCUGUACAUCGAGGUCGCCUCCAUUCUCCUUCCUCUCCUGGAUCUUGAAACCAAGGGCGAAGUUUCUGUGCCAAAAAUAAACGGCCGAAACUCUGAUCAAACUUUGUGGUUCAGCCGAUGCCCAACCCAAAACAAAAUGGAUGAUGUCGAGGUCUCAACCCACCUUGGGUUCGCAAGGCGAGGUACGAGAGCAAAAGCAAUGCAGGCUAAGCAAGCUAAGCAAGCUAAGCAGCGCAACGAGCAACAGCCCAGUGCAACGCUGCGGUGGAGCCGGAACUUUGAUGCGCUUCUGCAGGUUUUUGGGGCGCAACAAGGUGGUACUGUGGCAUAUAACGAUGCGUGA